AUGGAAGAGCAAACAAGUGGCGCAACCGCAUCAGCAAAUGAGCAAUUCGUUGUUGUGAGACUUGCCACAGAAUACCUGGAGCAAUUCAUUUCUCUUGGUUCUUGGAUUUUUGCUUGGCAGCCAAAGAAAGCAAUGAGAACAGAAUCUGCGAAGGCGUGCAUUGUUGACACCGCCAGUGGCUUAAUCAUUGCUACUGCCAAGCUUUCCGUGAUUUCACCUGUGAGCAGCUUUGUUCAACUACGCUCAUGCCGACCGUUCCAAGCUGCAGGCCACCUGCAGAAGAACACCUGGAGAAACCGUAUCACUUCAGGGAACAGCCUCUUUGAAUGGACGAUCACGGAGAUUGACAGGUUCAGUGAUUCUAUGGUGGUGGAAACAGGGGCAGGGCGAACGGCGUAUGUAAGUGCACGUGAUUUUAGGAGUGCAGCACCAUCUCUGCAAGCAUUGACGUUGAAGUCAUCCGCUGAGUAUUUUGUGGGCCGACUGUCAGUUAGAGACAGGCAGCUUUUACGAGAAAACCUACAAAGUCUACAUGGCAAGCGACUGACCUUUGGAAGCACCUGCAGUGGCACUGAUAUCAUUGUGCCGGUGAUGAAGCAAACCAUCUCAGUGCUUUGCAAGCUGUUCAAUGUGUCUAUUGAGGUGGUUCAUCUUUUCAGUGUUGAGUUCGAGAAGCAGAAGCGGGAGUUCAUCAUGGACGCACAUGGAGAUAGUGGCUUUCAUCUCUUCCAUGAUGUGGCAGUCUUUAGAGAUGGUGGUGAGUCUUUCUGCGAUGUUUGCCAACAGUCACAUGCAAUUCCAACUGCUACGGAUGUGCUUGUUUCUGGGCCUUCUUGCAAGAACAUCAGCAAAGAGAACCGUCGACGGUCUGAUUACCUGUCAUGA